CCGGCUGCUUUCUGCUGUUGCUUAUGUUCUGAAGGGUUAUCCGUGCAUUUUCGCUGUGUCCCGUCAAUCGAGCAGAAGUGGAAAUUCCAGCUCUAACCUGCACUUCUGCUACGGCUAUUUCUGUGAGGAAAGGCAUAAUUUUGGUACGUUAUGCUUUCCGUUCAACAUAUUAGCAUUGACGUUGACCUUGAUUGGAAAUCCGAAUUCGUGCCGUGGCUGGAGGCUCAUGAACAGCAACAUUUAGGUGUUGAAGAUGGAGCUUUUCUUGUCACUGUGGCCUCUUCUCUACGAGUUCUACAGCCAGAUGGUGAAGGCCCUUUCAUUAAGGAAUGCCUUCGUACUCACCUAAGUUCUUUGCAAGUCCUGACACUAAAAGAGUUUCAGCAGAAAGGAAUUUAUGAAUUUUCUGCUACUCAAAAGGAAGAUUUAAUAGGGGGUUUCAAGAAAAUUAUGCAGGAUCUUAAUAUCUACAGAAGUGAUACAUGCUGCACUUCGGUUUUAAAGCAGUGCAAGGAUAUAGAGAGUGUUUUUAAGCAUCUGGACUCUGAUGUCUGCUCUAAGUAUGCUUUUGUUGAUGAAGAACCUGACUAUGGAAGUAGAGUAAUGCUGGAUGAGUCUGGGAUCAAGACUGAGCAAUUAUUUAACAAAUACAGCAAGGAUUUGGAGGGUUUCCCCUGGCGUGCAAGGCAGCGUAAUCCCCCUGAUAAUUGCCCACAAUCAGAGUGUACACCAAAAGAUGAUGACAUUGAAAUUGAAACCCAAAGAAGAAAGAGAUUUAAAGGAAGAAGCCUUAGUGAAAUAGUUGAACCAAUUUAUUAUGGAUAUGGCCUUGAAAUGGAUGACAGAAUGAUACAGAUAACAGCCAACUUAAAUUUGAGUAGAAUUUUCAACAUCCUUUGGUUGCUUCCCAUCCACUACCCUGGUUUGCAUUCACCAUAUUUGUAUUUUGGGACUACUCAUUCCUUCUUCCCGGUGCAUGUCGAAGAUGGUCUUACUUACAGCUUAAAUUAUCUACAUGUGGGGCAUCCAAAAGUCUGGCAAGUAGUCCACAGAGCUAACCAUAACUCAUCUUCUUUCCUUUAUUUUUUAAGUAAUAUUUUACUGUGCUUCUUUGCACCAGGGUCAUUAUUCCACCAUGGGCCACAGAGUUGCUGGAAUAUUAUCUUGCCAAGUGCUGUCAUUCAACGCCCAGGGGACCUGGUAGUGCUGUAUCCAAGCUCAGCACAUUUUGGGUUCAAUUUGGGGCCCAAUAUUGCCCAAGCGGUGAACAUUGGAACAAAAUCUUGGAUUCCAUGGGGGAUUAACGCCAAGAAAUGCACAUGCUUCAAACCUACACAUCAGAUGCACAUUGACAUGGCACCAUUGGUCACAGCCUUCAGAAAGGACCUGAUUCCUCAUUUAAUGACUGGUGGUGUUGUACUUACACAAGAAAUGGCCAGAGGAAUGAAACUUGUCGCUGAUGCCGUUGUGAACUGCUCUUUAGUGGUAUGUGGAAAAGUCACCAUGGAGCAUCAGUGGAAAGAUAAAGCAUCACCGAUAGGAAAUGCGCAAGGACAGAGACUUGUCCCAUUCAAGUGCCCAGUGGAUGCAUGUGAAAAAACUUUUAAUGAUUGUCCAGUGGACACUGCCAAGAAAAACAUGAUUAAACACGUGAAAAGUAUUCACAGGCCAUUAGUAGACAAAUGCCAACUUCUCUUAAAAAUUGACCAAAUAUUUGAUCCUGUUCCUUCGGAACCCCAGGACACUUUUGACUAUGUGGACUCUGACGAUGAGGAUCCACGUAAUCCGUACAGGGUGCCACAUGACGACGCAGGUCGCUACGGUCAGAUGGAGGACGUGAUAACGGACUCGCCGCCGCCGUUCGCACCAGUGCCGGUGCUGCUGCCUGUGACGCCUCCUUGCAAGUGUCCGAAACCCAAGAAGUGCAGGUCUUGUCUAAUGGACGAUCCCGUGUACCUGAUCGAACCCUGCGCUGUCUUUGGAAUAUGCAAGGAUUGUGAAGAUAACCUUAAGGAUCAGUACAUGCGCUGCCCGGGGUGUGGCACAAGACAUAUUAUCAGACCACGCCAUAUAUAUGUCUAA